AUGUUUAAGUUCGUUCUGGUUGCUGCCCUUGUGCCAGCCUUGGCCCUGGCCAACGUGAAUUUCCGUGCCUGCCCAAACAGAGCGCCGACGCCAACCAGCCUAAAAGUGAAUGAUUGCUACGGAGACAACUGCGUCCUGGUAGCCCGGAAGCCUCUGAGAGCUCAGGCCAUCGGAAUUGUCAGCCGUUACAACAGCAAUACGGCCACCAUAAAGAUUAUUGCCCGUUUUCUCGGUAAAGACGUCGGUUACAGAGUGCGUCCGGAGUUGACCAAUGCCUGCAAGGGAGUCGUAGGCGGAUGUCCGAUUGUCGCCGGGAGAACGUACAAUUUUGUUUUUGUUGAUGAAGUGUUGGAAGUUCCGGCGGUCAAUAUUCCGGUUGAAAUCGAAGUCAGUGUGAGCGGUGAUAGAGGCGUGGUUUUGGGCUGUGUUCGCUUCGAUGCUUGGAUAGCAAGGAGAUGA